AUGACAAAUACUUCUUCAAAUUCUGCCUCCUCUCGGAGAGCCAUUCCUCUGAAUAGUGCAGCUGCAGCACACUUAGCAAUAAUGUCGAGUUCUUCUUCCUCACCUUAUCCCCCACCACCAACGAACUUGUCUAAUCCUCCUCCUGCUUCACAAUACUCAGCCCACUUGGCAGCCCAAUUCGGUUCAUCAUUCUCGCCUUAUCCCAUUAAUGCGACGAUAUAUCCUUCGACACGAACUACAUAUUACAGCCACCCACUCGCAUUAUCUUCUACUUCACCAUUGAAUAUGUCCACAUCAAAUACACAUUCAAAGUCGACAUCUCUGAAACCUAAGCUUCCAGACUAUCUAGCUGAUACAA